GUUGGCGGUAGAACGCCCUAAGGACCCCCUCCCCGCGAUACGGAGGGCGGACUCGGGACAGGGAAUUGGCUCUGGGAGAAAACGCGCGGGGAGCGUCCGAGACGAGACGCCCAGUGAAAGCCGUGCCGACCCUUGAGGGGACUGACAGGUCUAGGGAGACGCGCUGUCUGUUGUGGUGGGCCUCCCCGGAAUAAGUGAGGGCUCUGUUUCAAGGAUGAUUCUAGCGCAGAGCCGGGCUUCCGCCGGGGUGGGCUCCCCGCAUUGUUCGGGCUCUGGCGGGGGCGGCUCGGAUUACUUUCCACGGCCCGCCCCCCCACCUCGGGAAGCCUCAAUGCUCCUUUUCCACGGCUUUCCUGGCGUCCCCCUGACUCUCCCGCGGCACUUUCGCCUACCUCCCCCCAACGCCCUGGUCCUCCCUGGCGACCCCCUUUGCAUUCUCGGGGUCCUCCUGCCCCUCCCGCGGCGCGCCUCCCACAGCCGCGUGCCCUCUGCCCGGAGCUGGGGACCAAGGCUGGGCCCCGCCGGCCGCAUCGGUGGGGAACUCCCGCGGUCCCCAUCCCAGGGCGCAUAGGGUCCAGCUCCCCGGCGCCGACUCAUGGAAACAAUGAAAGGUGACGGGCUGAAGGGGAAACUUUGCGACUGGUUCAGGGCUCGUCGGGGGAGCCGAGGCUGCCGAGGUUACCUGGGUUUCUUUCCCUUUUUAGGUUUCCCUGGCUAGUAGUCUGGUGUGGGCAGGACCCUGAGAACGUGGGAUUCACGGCCUCAUUUCUAGUUUAUUGGGACCUGGAGUUCCUUUGCUUGUGCUAACUCGUGCAGUAUGCGGGCCGGCCUAUUUCACUUGAGGCUGAGGAACUCUGAAGAACAAAAGCUACUUGCUUUUCCUCCUUGGGCCCCUCCCUCUCGCCGUGCUCCUCCGCGGUCCUCCUCUAAAACUACCUGGGAGGGGGGAGCCUUCCCCGUCGGCUCUGGAAAGACUCCUGAGGAAGUCGGGCCCGCCUUACUGUCCGUCGUAUAAAAGUCCGCAGUCUUUUCAAGUUCUCUUGAAACAAGUGCACUUUCAGCUCCAUUCUUGAGCCCGUGGUUUGGUAAGACUGGUUUGUGAUAAUAGUGUGUCCUCCCAGAAAGCCGAGAGUGACGCCAAAAGACCUCCUAAAAUGGCUUAAAAACAAUCAGAAGGAUCGAUAAGGAAAAUCCACUAAGCCUUUUUGCUCCCAGUUUUUAACUGUUGAAUUCCUGCUUUGGGAUUGCUCUUUGGCUGGGGUCGCCAACCACACCUUGGAUUUGGUGGCUUGGGUGUUCGAUUCCUGUUGCUUCUCCCAAGGAGAUACUGAUUUUUUUUUUUCUUUUUAUCCUGGAGACCGGGUCCGGCUGUGUUGCCCAGGCUGGCCUUGAACUCCUGGGCUAAAGAAAUCCUCUCGCCUUGGCCUCCCAAAGUUCUGGGAUUACAGGCAAGAGAUAGUGCUCCCGGCCCAAAGGAGAACUUCUGGUCAGGAAA